AUGGCACCUCCUUUGCAGUUCGCCUACCGAACCCAGAAGACCAUUGGCGUCUUUGACGCCGCUCCGGUCUACGAGCCCCUUUCUGGGUUCACCAAGCCCGAGGGAAACCUGCGGUGCUGUGCCUACUCGCCUUGUGGCCGCUACUUUGGCUGGGCAACGCCCGAGGCCGUCAGCGUGGUUGACACCGCCAGCGGCCAGCCGGCCCUGAAUCUGCCCAUCGCCAACGUCUACGAGCUCGGCUUCUCGCCCCUGGGCACCUUUCUCAUCACCUGGGAGCGGCCGGCCAAGGACGAGGCCGGCGAUGCCACAAAGAACCUCAAGGUCUGGCGCACCGUGGAGGAGGGCGUUGAUGCCUCCGCCAAGCAGCCUGUAGGCCAGUUUGUCCAGAAGCAGCAGGGCAACUGGAACCUGCAGUACACUGCCGACGAAGCCUACUGCGCCCGUCUCGUCACCAACGAAGUGCAAUUCUUCCAGAACCACGACCUCGUCACAGUUUGGAACAAGCUGCGUGUCGAGGGAGUCACCAAUUUCGCCCUGGCCCCCGGUGCUCAACACGCCGUGGCUGUCUUUGUCCCUGAGCGCAAGGGAGCACCCGCCGCCGUCAAGGUCUUCAACGUACCCGCAUUCCAGAACCCUAUUUCUCAAAAGACCUUUUUCAAGGGAGACAAAGUGCAGCUGAAGUGGAACAAGCGCGGAUCCAGCCUUUUGGUCUUGGCUCAGACUGACGUGGAUCGAUCUGGCAAGAGCUACUACGGAGAGACGACGCUGUAUCUGCUGAGCACUAACGGCUCUUUGGAUGCUCGCGUGACUCUGGAUAAGGAGGGUCCCAUCCACGACGUCUCGUGGUCGCCUUCGUCUCGACAGUUUGGCGUGGUAUAUGGUUACAUGCCUGCCAAGACGACCAUUUUCAACGAUCGCGGCGUCGCGGUGCACUCGUUCCCCCUUGGACCUCGCAACACCAUCACCUUCUCGCCUACCGGCCGAUUCGUCCUCGUUGCUGGUUUCGGCAAUCUUGCUGGUCAGAUUGACGUGUAUGAUCUGGAAAAGGACAACCGGAAGAUCUGCACCAUCGAGAGUGGUAACCCCAGUGUGUGCGAGUGGAGCCCUGACAGCCGCUACAUCAUGACGGCCACGACUUCUCCUCGUCUGCGUGUUGACAACGGUGUCAAGCUGUGGCACGUCACCGGUGGACUCAUGUACAACGAAGAUAUGGUCGAGCUGUACAGCGUUCUGUGGCGACCUGCUACCGGAGAGAACAUCGAGGGCGGCGACCCGCUCACCCCUGUUCCUGUUGCGCACGCGUCGGCGGCGACGUUCCUCAGCAAUGUCAAGGCUCCGAGCAAGCCUGCCGGAGCCUACCGACCGCCCGGCGCUCGCGGACUGGCGACGCCCCUUCACUUCAAGCGCGAAGAUGAGGGUGGGGCUGCUCACUUCGUCAGCAAUGGAACCCAAAAUGUGAACGCCAACGGUUUUGGCAGACCCAGACGUGCCGUUCCUGGCGCUGAGCUGGCUGACACCCCAGCCGUCAGGACUGUGCCUGGGGCAGAGCCUGCCGAGGAUGGCGCCGCUAAGAAGAACAAGAAGAAGCGCAGCAAGAAGAACAACCAAGGCGAUGGUAAGCUAGAGCCCGAACCUAACGGAGGAGCCAGCCUUGCCCCGCCGCCUCAGGACCAUGAGGGCCGCAGCCCGGAUAGGCGUGGAGUUGCUGGCGGCAACCAGAACGGCCGCGGAUUCAGGAGCCGCUCUCGAAACAACACGGGACCUCGUAGCCGAAGCAACACCCACCAGAGUCCCCGAGGACAGAAUGGAAACCAAAACGGCCAGAAUGGACACCACCAGUCCGGACCUCCUCCCAAUGCUCCCACCGAACCCGCGGGAUCACAGAACCCCAACGCCAAGAAGAUUCGCAGUCUUCAGAAGAAGGUCAGGGCUAUUGAGGACCUGGAGAUGCGCCUUGCCGGUGGUGAGAAGCUUGAGGAUACUCAGCUUAAGAAGAUUCACACCAAGGCGUCCGUUCUUAAGGAGUUGGACUCCCUAGGUGGUGAAUCUUAA